AUUGCAGCAGGAUCCGAUUUCGAGCGCUGAACACGGUGAGGAACAAUGCGAUGAAAAUAAAGUCGCAGACAACUCGGUAAUACUUAAUUGUGAUAUCCUUAAUGACACAUAUUCAUAAGACUUCGUUUUUUGUUUUGUACAUACUCAUUUUUAUCUCGUGCUCUCGUGGUGAAGCCAUGAACGUCAACAACACCAGUUUGAUUGAAAUCACCACGACGGACUCCUGCUCGGCAGAUCAGGACAUGGAACUCAAACCACGAGCCGUUCCAGCAGGAAAAGUUCAAAUGGUUCCGUUAAAUCAGCUCAUAAGUAGGGCAAAUAUGAAUCAGCGCAGACUUGGGCCAAGCUUAAAUCAGUUAAGAGCCAGACCAAACAUGAAUCAAAUGACUGUCGGGCUGAUGCAAAUUCAACGAACGGUGGUCCGUCAGAGAAGUCCGUACUUCAGGCCCAAUAUGAAUAAAUACCCGAAAGGAGCGGUGUAUGCCAGAUAUAGGGUGCCACCGAUUUACGUGACCUUCAAAUGUCCGCCGAAAGUUGGCUUAUUGCUGUGCAGGGGGAGUUGCGAGAGGCGGAGCAAAUACACGAUAGGAUCCUGCGAUAAUGGCUAUUGUACCUGUUUACUGCUCACGCCUGGUUUUCGUGGUAAAGGAGUCUUUGCAAGAAGAGCAAAUUGUUCAUUGAAAGAGGAUAGAAUGAAGUGCAACCGAUUCUGCCGCUACCAGUUCGGCAGGACUGCUUACGGAUUAUGUCGUGGCACGGUGUGCCGAUGCUUCACAAACCCGGGGAUCUCGACGAAAAAUCAAAUGACUGCUUGUGAGCAGGCACGGAGAAGGCUGGCGUUUCUGGAAGCAAGCUUGCGGAAGAUUUUGCGGAAAGAACCGUCCACCCGGACACCAGCUGAAAGACGAUUUCUCCAAGAGGUCAGGAAGAGACCCGAGGUCCUCAGACGUGUAGCCACGCCGAGGGGACGACGCUCCCCCAGGCGGAUGCCGUACCAAAGGGGCACAGGGUCCCCCGGGUCCCCAGGGUCCAGGAAGCCCCAGCCAAUUCUCCAACAGACCAUUCCAUUGAGUAAGAUCCCGAACGGGAAGAAGUACACCGGGAGUCCACGAAAGUCCCCAGCGAGAGCUACUAAAUACGCGCCGGGACCAUCUAAGAGCCCAUAUCAGAGCCCGCAGCGGAACCAGAGGACGGGUAAGUCAAACUCGAGGAAGGGUGGGUCCAACUCGAAGAAAGGUGGGUCUAACUCGAAAAGAGGUGGGUCUAACUCGAGGAGGGUUGGAUCAAGCCCUAGAAAGGGUGGUUCGAGCUCGAAGCAAGCACCUAAGAGGGCCCAAAGUCCUCUUAAGAAUAGACGACAAAGCCCUGGAAAUGGAGGGUUUGGCGGUGCUCCAGCAAGGAAGAUACGCAAGGAAGAAGAUGACGAUGACGAUGACAGUGGUGAAAGUGGAGAAAGUGGAAGCCCUCGUAACGGUGGUAAUGGAGGGGCCCGGAAUGGUGGAGUAGGUGAUCGAGUUGGAGGAGGAGGUGGCCAAGGUGGUGGAUAUGGCCGAGGUAGAGGAGAAGAUGGCGAAGAUGGAGAUGAGUUCGGCCAAGGCGGAGGAGGAGGCCGAGGUGGAGGAGUAGGUGGAGGCAAAGGUGGCGGAUAUGGCCGAGGUAGAGGGGAAGAUGGCGAAGAUGGAGAUGAGUUCGGCCGAGGCGGAGGUGGAGGCCGAGGUGGAGGUGUAGGUGGAGGCCAAGGUGGCGGAUAUGGCCGAGGUAGAGGAGAAGAUGGCGAAGAUGGAGAUGAGUUCGGUCGAGGCGGAGGAGGAGGCCGAGGUGGAGGUGUAGGUGGAGGCCAAGGUGGUCUCGGCGGAGGAGUAGGUGGAGGUCUAGGUGGUCUCGGCGGAGGCCUAGGUGGAGGCCUAGGUGAAGGAGGUGGAAGCCGAGGUGGAGGAUCUAGUGGAGGAAGAGGAGGCCUAGGUGGAGGAGAUGGAAGCCAACGUGGAGGAAGAGGUGGUGUAGGCGGAGGAGGAUUCCUAGGUGGAGGAAGAGGUGGUCUAGGGGGAGGAGAAGAAAGCCGAAGUGGAGGAAGGAGUGGCCUAGCUGGAGGAGGAGGAAGCCGCGGUGGAGGCAAUGGAGGAUAUGACACGCCAGGUAGAAACGGGUACGCACCAGGCGGGCAGAGAUAUGGACAAGGAUAUGGCGGGGGAGGCAAUCGGUUGAAUAAUCUGGAAGACGAUUUGGAAGAGAACAAUCGGCGAGGUCCUAACGGCGGUGGACGUCUGGCAGGCGACUUGCCCAACUACGGAAGAACAGGUUCGCAGAGAGGCGGUCGAGGCUCGGUCACACCAUCAGUCACACCAUCAGUCACCCCAUCCAGGACACCAGUAAGUACGCCACGAUCUGGAAGACAAGUGCCGCCCCCGUUAGCGAAGCAGACUCUCGACGAUCCCGCUAUUCACGUCGGGGGCAAGUUCGGGGACCCCGCGGAACGAAGUCGCCUCGAGAACCUUAGGGACGCCCUCGAACAACCCACCCUGGGCAUAGAUCCCAAGACAGGAAAAGAGGUGGUCGUGCCCCCACCUGCAUCCCGACAAGGCGGGAGCAGGCAGGACCCGCCGAUCCCGCCCGGCGCGCGAGAGGAGGUGAAGGUGGACCCUGUGACUGGUCAGACGUAUCUGCCGAACCGCGAAUCGAAGCCGCUUCUCUCCGAAGAGGGUGCAUGCCCGAUCCCUCCACCCCCGGGAGUCCAUGACAGGCCCCGCGAUCCGGAUGGUCCUCGGGAAGAGGAGCUUCGCAACCCGGGCGGUCUCCGAGGUGACCUGCGCGAUGAUCGUGAUCUGGGGUAUGACGACGACCCGCCACGUAAUCGCGAUCAGGGGUAUCGGGGUAAUCGGGGCGAGUACGAGGACGAUUACGCCCGCCCCGGUCGAGGUAAUCGAAAUAACCCGGGUGGGUACUAUGGUGACGGCGAGGAACUGCUGGACGAGUGGAAUGAAGAUCGAGUUUAUGACCCUGCUUACGAUGACGAUUACGAGUAUGAGCAGCGGAACAGAGAUCCGCGGGGUGUGCGGCCUCCGUCGUAUGAUGAUGAAGAGCCGAGGUACGAAGUGGGGCCUCAGUACCAGCGGGAAAAUGAAUAUCCGCAGUAUCAGGGACAGCCAGGUUACGCAAACAGACAACGAGAGCUGGAGGAGGAAGAAGCUUAUCGGCGAGAGCAGGAAUUGAUGCAGAGAACUCGUCCACGAUAUUGA